AUGACUGAUGACUUAGAGAAGGAAUUAGUUCCCAGCGAUAUUCCUGGCUUCAGGAUGGGUCAGAAAAAGACCAUCGAUGAGUAUACCAGAUUGGACUCCAAAGAUGAGUCUUUGAACAAGUGGAAACAGUCGCUUGGUUUGAACACAGGUAAACCUUUAGUGGUGCAACCAGAUGAUAAGAGAACCGUGGUAGUUGUAUCGAUGACUUUGAAUAUCAAGGGACAGAAGCCUGUAGUGGUGAACUUGGAAAAGGAGGAUUCAAUAUCUUUGAAGUCAAAGAAGAUCAAGUUUAAGAUUAAAGAGAGGUCCGUAUAUCAUCUCGUUAUCAGGUUCAGGAUUCAGCAUGAUAUCAUUACUGGCUUGAGAUAUAUGCAGGGUGUAAAGAAAGCCGGUAUUACUGUAGACCGUAUGGACGAGCCACUAGGAUCAUAUGCUCCAAAUACAGAAGAUAAGCCUUACUACGAAAAGGUGUUUCCCGAAGUCGAGGCUCCGUCAGGACUACUCGCCAGAGGAUCUUGUAAUGCCCUUUCCAAGUUCAUUGAUGACGAUAAAACCACUCAUUUGACGCUUCCAUGGUCAUUUCAAAUCACAAAAUAA